CUCAUCAUAUCUUCCUUUUCGCUUGGUCGCUCAGACACACACACACACUCGCCCACCCACCAGUUCGUUCUUCCUCUUUUCUGAGUAAAUAUGGCCAGAGAAGAAGAAGAUGGAAGAUCAAACCAAGAAAAGCAAGACGACCCACAACCCCAUCUCCACCAAACAUUCUCUUCUUACAUUGGCCUUAGCUUCUCUCUCUUCUUGGCAUCAUUGCCAAGCAACUCUUUCAAUUUUGUACAAAAGCUUCAAUCCCAAAUCAGAGACCUCUCAUUGCGCCUUUUCCAAGCUGAGGAGCAGCUUAAACAAAUGAAAUCCAGGAGAAAAGAGGACUCCAAGGCGAAUGCAAGAGUUGUUGAGAUCUUUGCCAGCCAUAGGAACUCAUGGCAGGCGGAGGAGAAGCGGCUACUGCAGCAGAUCGAUGCUGCUAGUGAGGAAAUGGCAUCACUAAGAGCAAGAAUUGAAGAUUUGCAGGGAGAGAGGGAGGAGUGGAAAGCUAGAAUUCAAGACUUGGAAAGAGAGGUUGGGGAGAGAGAGGAGAUGAUUAGGUUUAUGUCUAGAAAUGCUAUUGCUGAUUUUGCAGUGGAGGACAACGUAGUGGACCAAUCUGGUGGUGGCUGCGGGAGCAGGGAGUGGGAGGAGGAGAAUGUUAAUUUUGUUUAUGGCCAGCAUCAUCAUCAGCAGCAACAGCAGCAGCAAACCAGUAAUGGAGGUUUAAGUUCGGAUUUCUUAGCUUCUGCUUCUAAGUUUUGGGCUGAUAAAGCUAAUCUCUGGCAGGAUAUGCACUAUGAACCUGUUGAAUCACUAUAUCAUAUGAAGCAUUUUGUAGCAAGAAGGGAGUCUCCGUGGAAGGUAGAUGGUGAAUCAGCAGGAAUUUCCUCUAAAUUAAAAUUACUUGAACAGGAACUUCAGAAUUUGGAAAAAGUUGACAAAAAUGAUCUGUCAAAGGUUCCAUCACUGAUGAGAAAGCAGGCAAAAAGAUAUCAAGCUCUUGCAGGAAAGAUUGAUGAUCUAUGCGGAAGACUGCAAGCUAGUGAUCCCUGUGAAUCCACACUCAGUCCAGAGUUCAGUACACAAAGGCAAACUGAAUUUUUGCUUGAAGCAUUUCGGCUUCAACAGCGUGCAUCUGAAACUGCACAAAAGCUGAUGGCAUUACAAACUGAGGUUGGGAAGAGUUACUAUGGGGAUGAACUGGGCAGCGAGGCGAAACUCAGCAUGAGACGCUCUUUUGACUCCAUUAGAAACAACUUAAAAGAAGUUCAGAGAAACUUGGAAAUAUGGUUGGCCAGAAUUAUUGGAGAUCUUGAAGGGAUUCUGGCCAGGGAUGGCGUCUCCCGUGCUAGUGCGAGGGAAUAUUACGUUUCUAGAUAUCCUUUUGUUCAAUAAAAACUUCUCAGCAAUAUGAAGUCCUGAUCUAACCGAAAUAUAUUAAAAUCUCGUUUGGUAAAUAGGUUGAUCUUGUCUUGUAAGCCCUAAAGCAGCAGAUGAAUAUAGCUAUGGAAAUGUAAUCAUUACAGUAUGUCUAUGGUAACAUCAGCAGAACUGAUAUAUCUUCCAAUUGAA